AUGAUUGCAAGGACGAGCGUAUUCCUCGCCGCGUUCGUCGCGCUAGCCUCUGCACAGUCGCAAUGGUGCGGCAAGAACUACAUGGCGACGCAGCCCAUCGUCCCUCCGGGCGGCAACUUCCCCACCCCUGCCACGUCCUCCAGCCCUCUCCUCGCCCUGCGCUGCGGCCCCGCAAUCAAACCAUACCUCGUCUCUGACGCUCAUGCAGGCACCAAAGGCGCCAUCCUCGUUGAUGCGCCGAUCACCUUCUCCCACAUCGCCAACGCCGCGCCGAUCGCCCUCCCGGGCCACCCUUCUUCCCAAAAGCUGGACGUGACCAUCACUCUCGCCGGUCACGGCACCCUCGCGCGCGCCUCGGUGCCGCUCAACGCGUCCAAGUUCGAAAUUCCCUUCUCGCUGUCCGGCCUGAAAGCCAGCACGACCCCGCUGGACGUUACCUGCAGCGCAACUCUCGGCAAGCAAUCCUUCAAGGCGUCCGCCAAGGUCCCCUUUCUCCCGGACAACACCAAUGGCAGCGUCACGAAGCUGGACAUGCGCACGGGCGGGCUGCUCGCUAAACCCGCGACGGGCGCCGACGGGCCUUACGCCCCCGUCUUCCCGAUCGGGUUCUACACCUCCUUCGGCGGCUUCCUCGCAGACAACCUCACCGCGCUCGACGAUAUCAAAGCCGCGGGUUACACCGUCGUACACCCCAUCCCGACGUUCGACAACCUCACCGCGCUCGACGUCGUCGUCACGCGCAUGCAGGAGCUCGGUCUCUACCUCAUGUACGACAUGCGCUGGACGUACACGAACCUCACUGGCGUCACGGAGGAGGUGAAUCGGAUCAAAAACCGGCCGAAUCUCUUACUGUGGUACACCGGGGACGAGCCCGACGGGUGGGAGGAUCCGCAGAACGCGACCCAGCUCGCGUACGACACGAUCUACGGCCUCGAUUCGGGCUACCACCCCGUCAGCCUCGUGCUCAACUGCCAGGACUACUACUUCACGGAGUACUCUGCCGGCGCAGACAUCGUGAUGCAGGAUGUGUACAUGAUCGGGAACAACCUCACAUUCAGCUCGCAGUGGGGCACGGUCUGCACCCCAGAUUACGGUGACUGCGGGUGCGACAACUGCAAGGGCGUUUUCGAAGACAUCUCCGACCGGAUCGACUCCUUCCACUCUCGCCAGCAGAUCCUCGGCCGCGAACUCUCUCAGUCCGUCUGGACUGUGCCCCAAGCCUUCGGAAACGACACGUACUGGAAGCGGUACCCGACCGGAGCAGAGUACACCGUGACCGCCGCGCUCGCGAUCAACCACGGCGCGACGGGCGUCGUCGCGUGGGAUCAGCCCGCGCCGGACGACUUGCUCGCCGCCGCGUCCGCGCUUGCCGCCGCGCUCGAGCCUGCCAAGGCGUUCAUCUUCAGUCCCGAGGCGGAGUACGCGCAGAGCGCCACGGAUCGCGUCGACGUCGCGUCGUGGACGGUCGGCUCGCGAGCGUUGCUCCUCGUCACGAACCUCAACUACGAGGCGAAGACGGUGCCUAUUCCGGCGGCGCUCCGUGCGGCGGCGAGGGCUGAAUUGAAGCAGGUGUUGGAUACCGGGGCCAAGAUCGUGGGGGAGAACAUCGUGCUCGAGAGCGUAGGGACCGGCGCGUUCAUACUCGGUCGGUAGUGUCUUACGUGGCGGGAUAGAAAGUAGCGUAGUCCGUCAAAUCCGAGUGAGGGGCGCAAGACUUGCGCGCCUUCUUGAACGAAG